AUGCAUUACCAUGUCCAUGUGAUCAUUGACACAUUGGGUGAGAAACUUUUCCAGAAGCUACCACUGGACCAGCGAGCAGCUGCAGUGGAGAGCAUGGUCUAUGAAGCCAACACCCGAGAGCGGGACCCGAUCCGUGGCUGCUAUGGGGAGAUAACGACUCUCAAAGAGCUAGUCGAUCUCCACAGCAUGAAAACCCCACCUCUGCGUUGUCGGCUGAUCUAUGGCACCCGCGCCUUGCCGAGCUCAAGCCACGCCAAUCCUCUUGGAGGGUGGGAUGGCCAGUUAUAUCGCCCCCCAUGGCCAGCUCCCCUGCACCUUACGAUGUUGGCAACUCACCCUGUCACACCCCAAAACCUAUAA